CGCGUUGUCGAGGUCGAUUUCGAAGAGUGCGGGACGGUGGUCGGGGAAUUGGGAGAAGUGACCACGUCACACCGUCACCAGGCGGUCCAUCGCUGUGAUGUCCAUUUCAUGGCAGCGACAUGCAACAAUAAAGAUGGAGGGUUCAACUUGACUGAUUCUUUGAGCAUCUUAAUUUACAAUAUCCAGAGAUGCAACAUCACAACUCAACUUGUACCAGUUUCCGGUUCUGGAAAAUGACACAUCGAAC